AUGUUUAAUUAUGGAAGAGUAUUUACAAUUUACACCCGAGGUAAGUCUCCAUUUUUUCCCGGUCUUGAAGAUCAAACUGGAACUUUAUUAGAAGAUCCAACCGCAGGGCAGCUAGAUGGUGUAGGUGUUGGAGUUGGUGUCGGCGUGAGCAUGAAUCCGCCACAAGCAGCACCACUAUCAUCGCCAAGUCGCAGCAGUCCUCACAGCCAAAGCAGCGAAACUGGAGAACGUUUCUCAAGGAAAGUCUUCGUUGGUGGUUUGCCACCUGACAUUGAUGAAGAUGAAAUCACUGCGAGUUUCCGUCGAUUUGGACAACUAGUUGUCGACUGGCCGCACAAAGCAGAAAGCAAGUCAUACUUUCCUCCAAAAGGUUACGCUUUCCUUCUAUUUCAGGACGAAAGCUCAGUGCAGCAAUUAAUUGACGCUUGUAUUCAGGACGACGACAAGUUGUAUCUUUGUGUCAGUUCACCAACAAUUAAAGACAAACCUGUGCAAAUACGCCCUUGGCGUUUAAGCGACGCAGAUUUUGUCCUCGAUGCUUCAAUGACACUUGAUCCACGGAAGACUGUUUUUGUCGGUGGUGUACCAAGACCUUUGAAAGCCGUUGAACUGGCAAUGAUAAUGGAUCGGCUUUAUGGUGGCGUUUGCUAUGCAGGAAUUGAUACCGAUCCCGAGCUUAAGUAUCCUAAAGGUGCUGGACGAGUUGCUUUCAGUAAUCAGCAAAGCUAUAUUAGUGCUAUUUCAGCUCGAUUUGUUCAAUUACAACACGGUGAUAUCGAUAAAAGAGUUGAAGUUAAGCCCUAUGUUCUGGAUGAUCAGAUGUGUGACGAAUGUCAAGGCCAACGAUGUGGUGGUAAAUUUGCACCAUUCUUCUGUGCCAACGUCACCUGUCUUCAGUACUAUUGUGAACAUUGUUGGGCAACGAUUCAUUCAAGACCAGGACGUGAAUUUCACAAACCGCUUGUUAAAGAAGGCGCAGAUAGACCACGUGCAGUGCCGUUCCGCUGGUGUUAA